GUUUUUGGUCGUAGCUCGAACCACGCGGCGCGAGGCAGGCUGCGAGCUGGCACAGGUUCAUUAAUUCCACUAAUGCGGCCACCCAUCCCACGCUCACGAGCAAUUACCUACGCGGGAGCCGCAGCCGCCUCGGCAGGAGCCGCAUGGCUGGCGUACCGGCACCGCCAAAAGCAGGACGCACUGAUGACCUGCCGCCUGGAAAGCGUGACGGAUUUAUCACGAGAUACGGCCAGGUACCGCUUCGCGACGCCGCGACCGCUCAACUCGACGCCGAUGGCGCACGUGCUCGCGGUCGACGAAGGCAAUAUCCUGCGGCCCUACACGCCCGUCGCCGAGAGCGACACGGGUUUUGAGAUUGUGGUAAGACGAUAUGCUGGAGGCUACUUCAGUGACAAGUUCGAGAACCUAAAAGUGGGCGAGGCGCUGACUUUCAAAGGCCCCGAGCCGACGCUGCCGUACGCCCCGAACGCCUUCGACUGCGUCGCGUUCGUCUGCGGCGGCACGGGCGCGGCGCCGGCGGUCCAGCUGCUGCGGGCCGCGCUCGCUGAUAAAGAAGAUACGACGCGCUUCCGCGUGCUCUACUUAGCACGGACAAAACGCGACCAGACGCUGAAGCGCGACCUCGACGCGCUCAAAUGUGAUAGACUAGAUCUAUUCUGCGCCUGCGACGACGUCGACGGGCUGGUGGACGCGACGAUGCUCCGGCGGUGCCUCCCGGCGCCGUCAGAUACGAAAAGCGCGGUCCUCGUGAGCGGGCCGCCCGGGCUCGUGCGGCGCCUCUGCGGCACGAUUGAUAAGCGAGAGCCCCUCGGCGGCCUCCUCGCGGAGAUGGGCUACGGCGCCCAGGUCGCGCGGCUCGACUAA